AUCACAUGGUUAUGAAAUCCUCAUUUUUGGGCAGCUGGAAGCACCGACGCUGGAAAAGUAUGUCAGGAUUUUAUCGCACCGUACCCGAUGGCCGUCGUCAGGGACCCCAUUGCUCUAGAUACAAAGGCAUUAAAUCCAUGAACAUGACUAUUACAUGGCACGUCAAGAAUGGGCAACUCGAACAAGCCCGAAGAGUGUUCGACGAAAUGCCUGAACGAACAGUAGUCUCAUGGAACGCCAUGAUCUCUGGCUACUCGAAAUGGGGCAAGUUCAAUGAAGCACUGUCUUUGCUUUCUCUGAUGUACUGCUCCAAUUCAAAGCUCAACGAGACCACUUGUUCGUCAGCACUAAGCAUUUGUGGCCGCGAGCGGUCAUUGGGUGAAGAGGGACAGCAAAUUCAUGGUUUGGUUUUAAAAUCUGGUCUUGAGAGUUUUCAGUUUGUGGGGAGUUCUUUGCUCUACUUUUAUGCUAGUUGUUGCGAUAUUAGGAAAGCUAGACAAGUGUUUGAUGAAUUACAUGAGACGAAUGAGUUGUUAUGGAGCUUGAUGCUUGUGGGCUGUGUUCAGAAUAAUCUACUGGAUGAUGCGUUGUGUGUUUUCAACAAGAUGCCUCGCCGGGGUGUUGUUGAAUGGACUACAUUGAUUUCAGGUUAUGUGAAGAUUGAUGGUGGAUGUAAAAAGGCUCUGGAGUUGUUUCAGAGGAUGAGAACCGAAGCAGUCCCUAAUGAGUUCACUCUGGAUUCCAUCAUAAGGGCUUGUGGAAGAUUGGGUGCUUUGCCUGAAGGAAAAGUAGUACACGGGCUUCUGAUAAAAUUGGGGUUUGAGCUUGAACUUUCAAUUAGUGGUGCUCUUGUUGACUUUUACAGUAACAGUGAAGCUAUUGGCGAUGCCAAGAAGAUUUAUGAUACAUUGGAGAAUCCAUGUAUGAACAUUUCGAACACUUUAAUUGGUGGGCUUCUAAGAAUGGGUAAGGUUGAGGAAGCUGAAUUGGUUUUUAGUGGAUUAGUUGAGAGGAAUUCAGUUUCAUAUAGUCUGAUGAUCAAGGGAUAUGCAUUGUUUGGUCGAGUAGAGGAUUCAAAGAAGUUAUUUCUGGAAACGCCAGCAAGAAGUUUAAUUUGCUUGAAUACAAUGAUUCAUGUGCUGUGCAAGGCUGGUGAAAUUCAUAAAGCUCUGGAGCUUUUUGAAGAAACUAAAGAAAAAGGAAGCCCUGUUACUUGGAAUUCCAUGAUUUCAGGGUAUAUUGAAAAUGAUCAACAUGAGAAUGCAAUAAAUUUAUAUAUAGACAUGCGUAGGUUGUCAAUAUCCCCAACCAGAUCAACUUUUUCUGCUUUGCUUCGUGCAUGUUCAUGUCUUGGGGCUCUUCAGAAAGGGCAGCAGAUCCAUAGUCAAUUGACUAAAACUCCAUUCGAGUUGAAUAUUUAUGUUGGUACAGCUCUUGUUGACAUGUAUUCCAAGUGUGGGAGCAUUUCUGAUGCUCAAGCAUCUUUUAUUUGCAUUUCAAAUCCUAAUGUAGCAGCUUGGACAGCUUUAAUUUGUGGCUACGCACAUCAUGGUCUUGGAUCUGAGGCAACCUUGCUUUUUGAGCAAAUGUUGGAUCAGGGAAUAAACCCAAAUGCUGCAACCCUUGUUGCUGUCUUAUCUGCAUGUACUGCUGCUGGUUUGGUCAAUAAGGGGAUGGAGAUUUUCCGAUCAAUGGAACAAGCUUAUGGUCUAGCCCCAUCGUUGGAGCAUCUUACUUGUGCGGUGGCUCUUUUAUGUCAAUCUGGUCUGCUUCUGGAAGCUGAGGAGCUUAUGAAGGAGAUGCCAUUUGAGGCUGAUGAAAUUCUCUUGAUUACAAUGUUAAACGCAUGUUGGUCUUGGAUUGACAUUGAUGUGGGUGAGAGAGUGGCCCACAAGAUGUUUACUUUGGACCCUAAGCCUACAUGUGUUUUGAUGUCUAACAUGUAUGCCGCAUUGGGGAAGUGGGGGGAGAAGAUAAAAGCCCGAAAGAUACUGAAAGAGCUAGAAGUGAAGAAGGAUCCUGGAUGUAGCUGGAUUGAUAUAAAUAGCAGAACUAAUAUAUUCAGUGUAGAAGAUAGAACCCAUCCUUGCUGUAAUAUGAUUUAUGCAACUCUGAAGCAUCUUAAGGCAAAUAUAGAAUCAUGUGCAGAAUUUCAAUUUUAUUCUCCAGAACAAAUGAAAGCGGCUUUAUUCAGUUUUACACCUUGAGACAGUAGACUCUUUUCAGAAUUCAGAG